AUGUAAACACAUCACUUGCUUGCCACUCUUAGAAUUGAAAAACCAACUUAAAAGCCAUAAUUCUUGAAAAUUCUGCAGGAUCACAUGAUUGUGAAUUGCAGCAAUGAUUAAAUUGAUUAGGUUUGGGAACAUUGUCAAGAAAAAGAAUGUCAAUAAGUUAUAGAAGUUUUACAACAACAGAGAAUGAAAAGCAUUUCUUUAAAUUCUCAAAAAUAUAAACGAAAUUACAACCCCUAGUUGAAAUAUUCGAUAAAAUGGACAACAAAUUAAUAAAUAAUUGAUUGCCUUGAAAUUGAGGCUGAACGUAAAUUAAAAGAUUUCAUUAAUGAAUCCUGUUUAGGCUGUAGCUUUACACAAGUUUUAUAGGAAAAGAUAGUUGAAUUUCAGGGAGAAAAAAAUAAAUUAAAUGAGGAAUAAGGCAACAAGAAAGCUUAGCAAAGAUUGAUUGAACGACAAAAGAUUAGGUCUAAAAAAUUAGAGUAAUAAAUCUAAUUCGUCCUGCACAACGACUACACCAAAGCAAGAGCAUAGGCAAUCUAUACAAAAUUGCUAAAUACUUCAGUUACUAGAUAUAAAUCAACAUUGAAUGAUACAUAUGAAUAAAGAAUAAAUCAAAUAAUGAACACUAAGUUUUUAUUAUGA